AGCAGCUACACCUCAGCAUCAAGAAGUAAGUGAGCACACACACCGAGUGAGUGAGGACUGAAACACCUCAUCAGCGAAGCAGCUGGCAUGUCGAUGAUCACCAGCAUGCUGGGGCGCAAGCAGCAGGGCCAGCAGAAGGGCGGCGCCGGCGCGCGCACCGCCGGCGGCGUUGGCGGCGCGGAGGUGGAGCCGGCGAGCAUCGACAUCGUCCUGGAACCGUUCGUGGACGCCAUCUCGCUGACGGCGUUGGCGGCGCCGUCGCUGGGGCUGGCGCCGUUCGCGACGGCGAGCAUGGACUGGAAGGAGACACCGGCGGCGCACGUGUUCAUGGCGGACCUCCCCGGGGUGCGGCGCGACGAGGUGAAGGUGGAGGUGGAGGAGGAGAAGGUGCUCCGGAUCAGCGGGCAGCGGCAGCGCGCCGCCGAGGACAAGGGCGACCGGUGGCACCGCGUCGAGCGGAGCUCCGAGCGCUUCGUGCGCACCGUCAGGCUGCCGCCCAACGCCAACACCGACAGCGUCCACGCCACGCUCGAGAACGGCGUGCUCACCAUCACCGUGCCCAAGGACAACGAACGCAAGGCAUACGGCCGCCUCAUCCCCAUCACCAACUAGCAGUUCUUCCAUGGAUAGAUUGUUCUUCAUAUCGAUCACCUCUAUAUCGUUGAGAUCGCCACUACCUCAAUUACCAUGAUAUUAUUACGUCAUAGCGUGUGAUCAGAUCAUGUAUCGAUCGAAUCUGUGUCUCGGUGUUGAAGCAUGCAGUGUUCGUGGUUGACCACUCACAUCUAGAUAUGUGCGCGGAUACAUGUAGAGAGAGAUGAAUAAGUGACUCCAACUGUUGCAUGGUAUAGAUGCAUAUGGUGCUUGUCACCACUUUCCACCAACUUGCUUGGUGAAAGUCCUUUGUGGCAUAAUUUGGGGAAUAAAUUCGAGUUUUUCCUUGUGUGCUUA